AGGUAUGGAACUAUGCGUGAUAAUGUCAUCAAUCUAAAGGUUGUUCUAGCCAAUGGAGAUGUUGUCAAGACAGGUUCCCGUGCCCGAAAAAGUGCUGCCGGGUAUGAUCUAACGCGCCUGAUGAUUGGAAGUGAAGGGACCUUGGGAGUGAUUACCGAAGUUACGUUACGUCUACAGAAAAUUCCGAAGUAUUCAGUGGUUGCCAUGUGCAACUUUCCUACAGUGAAGGAUGCAGCGGAUGUUGCUAUUGCCACUAUGUUGUCUGGUAUACAGGUGUCAAGGGUGGAGCUGUUGGAUGAAGUGCAAGUGAGAGCUGUCAAUAUUGCUAAUGGGAAAAAUUUGCCUGAAGUUCCUACUUUAAUGUUUGAAUUUAUAGGCACAGAAGCAUAUUCACGUGAGCAAACACUAAUAGUGCAAAAUAUAGUUUCCGAGCACAAUGGCUCAGAUUUUGUCUUUGCUGAAGAUGCUGAUGCUAAAAAGGAACUUUGGAGGGUAAGCAUGUUCCUUCUUGUUGGCCAAUGGCCUCCCAUCCCUUUUGCUUCUGUUUUCUUCCAUCCAGUAUUAGAAAAAAGUUAA